AAGAAGCUAUUGGAAGGAUUGCUCAUAAAUAUGUUUCUGAGUCGUAUUUAAAUUGUACUGCGAAAGAUGUUGAUUACAUUUCGAAUAUAGAAAUUGAACAUUGUCUGUUAAAAUGUUAGCAAAGAAUUAUUAUACGUUUGUUCUUUCAAUACAACUUUUUAUAAUAAUGAACGCUAGUAUGUGUUAUGAUUUCCUUCCUCUAGUCCGACAUAAGGUAAAAAAUGAAUUCCCAGUUCCAGCAUCCGGAGAAGUUACAGGAAACGAAAGCCAAAUAUCAUCCCACGUGCGAAAUAAUCCGAUUGAAUACGAUAUUUUUCCCAAUGAUAUUCUACCGGCAGUGAAUUCCGAUGAAUGCAGUUCGGAGAUCCCUAUAUGCAGUAGUGUGACAGAUUAUCCGCAUCAGGUAAUGGAUGCCGCUGUAAAACUGAACAAUCUCAAACAAUUGGACAUAUUUGAAAACGAUCCACUUCCACCAUUUGAAGGAGACGCAGGUAAAGAGUACGAACAGUCGUUCUUGUGUAACUCCGUAAAGCAGGUUAUCUAUCCUCAAAGUGGUUUGAAUCUGAAUGAGACCACUGUGCUGAUCGUCAAUACGCCAGAGUUUCGACAAUCGGUUCAAGUAGAAAAGUGCGUGAACGCGGGAAGUUCCUGCAAUUUGCUGGAACAUUUUCUAUUGGAAUCGGAGUGCCAACAAAUGUAUACAAAUACUUCUUUAAUGGCUUUAAACGUGAACACAAAUCAGGUGUAUAGAGAUACUUUCAAAAUACCUUCAUGUUGUAAAUGUGCAAUUAAAUUUCGAUCAGGAAGGUUUUGAAGUAACGAAUGUUAGUCAUUCAUAUAAAAGAAACUUAACUCGCCGUAGUUAUGUGGAAUCUUUAUUAAUUUUUCAAAACAAGUGGUAUCUACUAGUGUCUAUCAACACUUAAACUUGGUAAUUUUAUUUGAUAAGAGAAUGUGAUGUUGGAAACAGUAGGGGAAGGUGGGGAUACUUGAUCCCCUCUGUAUUACCGAGAUUCGAAAUUGUUUCAGCAUAUUUUUAAGUAUAGAUCCUCUAGACAAAUGAUUGUUAUUUGGUGAGUUAUGUUUUAGAUUGACAACCACAUUUAUUCUGCAGGAAGGUUUGGCUGUUUUGAUCCUCCUAAAGACAUAGAUAUGCUAAAUGGUACGUACAGAUAAAAAUGUCAACAUUCCAUCAUCAUUUUAGUAAAUUUUAGUUUUUUCAUCAAUAUGGGAUUUGAUCCCUCAUUAGCAACCCAUAAAAAAUGCGAAAAAAUUAAAAAAUAUUAACUCGUUGUUAGGCCUCUAUUUUUUUGUAAAUUUGAUGGAUUUGGUGAAGAGUUGGCUCGUAGUUGGUUGAGUGGAUAUCAUAGAAAGGGAAUCCAGUCUUCCCAAAUUCAAAGAUAGCAUGUGCUGUCGAGUUCCAUAACAAAACUCGGUAAUAAAUAUUCACUGCAAGUCGGAAAAUAUGCGUAUUUUAGAGGAUAAAUAUUUUUUAAAAUCGGAGAAUACCUUUCUAUUUUUAUUAAAGCGAGUUCUUGGAAUGGGAUCAAUUCUCUUCGAAUAUUUUUAAAGUCGAU